CAUCAGCCAAGGUGCCCGGCUGCCUGCUGGGUGCAGAUGCAGGGCUGAAGGAGCAGACACACAUCCUGGUGGAUGCCGUGCCAGUCAGCUCUGCCUGCUCUGCUUUUGUCCCCGCUGUUGGUCCCCACGUGCCCUGGCAGCCCCACGGCCCCACCUGAGAUGCAGACCGGGGUGUGGGGCUGGAGCUGCUGUAUGUUCCCCAUAAAAACCCUUCCUGGCCCGUUCCCCGGCGUCUCCUGCCGCUGCCACACGUGCUCAGGAUGCCACAUGCCUCACAAGGCGCUCACCAACUGCAGCCUGGCAGAUGGAGGAGCCGGGCACGGGCUUGCAGCAGGAGAGGCAGGACUCUCUUUGUUCUUGGGUUGUUCACGGCAGCAGAGAAAGGAGGAGGAGAGCUGGCACCCACCCCUGCAAACUGCCCCUCUGACCAUCGCCACUCCCCACCCUGGAGCUGAGCUGUGAGCCCUUCCUGGGCUGCACGAAGUGUUUUCACCUGGUGCACGUGUUUAAAGGCAGCUGGAAAUGGUGUGAGUGUCCUGGGUAGAUGGAGACCAUCGUGCCUCCCGGGCAGGUGGUGCUGGUUUGUUCUGGUGGCAGAUGGCCAGUCAGCAUUAAGAGCAAAGGCAGAAAAUCAGUCCUCAGAGGGAGCAGAGAUUUAUUGCGGUAGGAAAUUAAAAACGGAUGCGUCAGCUUUUGGAGUAACUCCUGUUCUGCCUUUAUCUGUUGGGGGGGAUGAGGGCUGUGUUCAGCCCUGUUCCGUGGCAGGGAGGUCUGAAGGGGCUCAGGAAGCUGAAGGACAUCCCUUGGUGGUGGGUGUACCAUGAUGGGCAGUGACUGCACCCAGCUGAUGUCUCUCUUACCUUGGGUGGCAGAGUGUGACCAGAUCAGUGCCAGCUCUGAGCACAGCAGAUGAGUGUCCCAGCCUCAGCAGUGGGAUAUCUUCAUGCCAUGUCAGUUGAGACACUGUGAAGAGCCAGGUGCUCCCAUGGGGGUACAUCCGUGCUGGGCUCCUGCUGCUGCUGGGCACAGAGAGGUUUCUCCUGAUAAGUCCUUUCACUUUGUGCUGAGCUGUUUCCCAGGGACUGUGCCUCGGUGGCAUUGUGCCAUGGUGGUCACCGAGGACACCAGGGGAGGCAGAGCAGCCUCUUGGGCUAAGGGUGGGCAGCAGGCAGGUAAGGACACGGGCAGGGUGGGGACAGGGACACAAACAGCCAUUGGCUCCCUGCAGUGGGAUGGGCUCAGUGCUGGCCCGUGCCACCAAGGUGGUGGCAGCGUGGCCCCAGGGUGAGGCUGGGUUUGGGUGCUGCUGAUGGCACCAGAGCUGCUGAGCUCCAGGAUUGUUUCAUGUCCUCCGCUCCCUGCUGCGAGAGCGAGCCCGUGAGCUUUGCAGCCCAGCACAGCUCUCUGCCCAGAAAUUAAAAGAAGAAACACAAAAAAAUCAAGGCUCCAGGGAAGUGAUAACUCCUGGGGUGCAGCCAAUUACCAGUGUUAGGGAGAGCUACCUUAGCCAUGCUGGUUUCUCUGACCUCACUGUGGUCCAGGGUGAGCACACGUUAAUCCCCGAGCCCGGCAUGGGAGAGCUGCCGCAGGAAGGACAGAGCCACAGCCUGGACAAGGCAUGUUGUACCUGCUGCUGAGCAUAUUACUGCUUCUCCAGGAGUGGAUAAGUCCUGCUUAGGAGGACGCUCGUCCUCUUUUAUUUAAUUUCCUGGUAAUGCUUCUGCAGCGUCCAAGUCUUAUCAGGAGAGGAGCAGCUUAAGAGGCCGCUGCAAAGAUUUCCCGGCUAUCCAAUUCUGAUGGUAAUUUCGGCUGCGGGAGACGCUGCUGUCCCUGGUGCUGGCGGUCACCGGCUGUGCCCCAGCCGCGGGCUCGUGGGGACGAGUGAGGGGGACACCGACGCCCCGAUUGCGCACAGAAGGACACAUCUGGGGACACAGCUGGGCAGUGCUGCUCUGGGACUCGCCACCCGCUUGGCUGUGACUUGCGCAGCCAUGUGAUGCCGGAGGAGCGCGGUGGCGAUGAUAUGGAAUGUGGGCAGCUGCCUGCGGCCACGCUCCGACAGGUGACGGUCCAGCGCCACCCCCUCUACGGAUUCGGCUUUGUGGCUGGCAGCGAGAGGCCCGUGGUGGUGCGGUCGGUGGCGGCAGGAAGGCCAAGGACUUCAUCAUCCUCACGGUCCUGCAUACCCACCAGUCUCCCAAAUCUGCUUUCAUCAGCGCAGCCAAGAAGGCGAAGCUAAGGUCCAACCCGGCCAAGGUCCGGUUUUCUGAGCAGGUGACCGUCGGCGAGACAGACCCAGACAUGUUGAAGAAAGAAGCUCUCCUCCUCAUUCCCAACGUGCUGAAGGUUUUCCUGGAGAACGGGCAGAUCAAAUCCUUCACGUUCGAUGGCGGAACCACUGUGAAGGACGUGAUGGUGACGCUGCAGGACCGCCUGUCGCUGAGGCACAUCGAGCACUUUGCCCUGGUGCUGGAGUAUUCCAGCCCGGAGCACAGCCACCGCUUCCUGCUGCUCCAGGACAAGCAGCCGCUGGCCCACGUUGUGCAAAGGACACACUACCACGGCAUGAGAUGCCUCUUCCGUGUCAGCUUCUUCCCCAAGGACCCCGUGGAGCUGCUGCGCCGGGACCCUGCGGCUUUCGAGUACCUGUACAUCCAGAGCCGCAACGAUGUGAUCAGAGAGCGCUUCGGCACAGACCCCAAACCGGAGAUGCUGCUGGGGCUGGCUGCCCUCCACAUCUACAUCACUGUCUCUGCCACCCGCCCCAGCCAGAAGGUCUCCCUCAAGAAUGUGGAGAAGGAGUGGGGCCUGGAGCCCUUCCUGCCCCCCUCGCUGCUGCAGCUCAUCAAAGAGAAGAGCCUCCGGAAAUCCCUCUCGCAGCAGCUCAAAGCCCACCAGCACCAGCCUGGCGGCACCAAGGUCUCCACAGCCCAGGCAAAGCUGCAGUACCUGAGGAUCCUGAACGAGCUGCCGACCUUCGCUGGGGUUCUCUUCAACACCGUGGGGCUGCAGGAUGAGAAGCAGCCAGCCACCACCCUGCUGGUGGGACCCCGGCACGGCAUCAGCCACGUCAUUGACCUGAAGACCAACCUCACCACGGUGCUGUCAGAGUUCAGCAAGGUCAGCAAGAUCCAGCUGUUCAGGGAGAACCAGGGCGUGGCCCGGGUGGAGACGAGCAUCCUGGAUGCCAAGCCGCUGGUGCUGCUGAUGGAGUGGCCUGAAGCCACCAACUUUGCCUGCCUCAUCGCAGGCUACUGCCGGCUCCUGGUGGACUCCAAGAAGAUGAUCCUGUCCAGGGCCCCCAGCCAGCCACCCCCACCUCAGAUUAUCAAGGCAGAUUACAUCAACGCACACAACUUCCACCGGCCUGCCGCGGCAGGGCACAUGGGAAAGAAGGAGAAUGGGCUGGUGGGUGGCUCUGCCACUGUCACCGGAGCAGCCGGGGCUCCUGCCACCAGGGCUUCGGACUCGGAGCUCAUCCGCUUCUGCUACCUGCACAUGCGAGAGCAGAGGAAGGAGAGAGAGAGCGGGACGGACAUCAAUGAAAACCUGAUCUUCUUUGAGGAAACUCGUCCCAGGACCAAAUCUGACCCCACCUCCAAAAGCUCUGGCCAAGGCUACAACGGGGCAGCGAAGGAGUACGAGGCGGAUGGCCCUGAGCAGGACAGGCAGGGCAGCAGGGCCAGGGCACACACCAUCGACACGCACCCGCGCCUGUACUGCGAGUCCUGCCAAGCCAAGAUCAAGAGCCGGCUGGCCUCGGGCACGGGGGGCAAGCCUGGCAGCACCCGCGACACCACGGUGGACCUGAUGUCGCUUCCCCCUCCCGGGAAUGACGAGGAAGAAGACGAGACAACAUCCCUGCUCCCCGCCAUCGCCGCUCCCCCUCCCGGCUUCCGAGACAACAGCUCCGACGAGGACGACCCCAAGCGCCGGGCAGCUGCCCAGGGCCAGGAGCAGGGCCGGCACCUCUGUGGCAUCCUCUACGACGAGAUCCCGGUCACCCUGAUCGACAGCGUGCAGCCACGGACCGUGCGAGACCACGCCCAGGAGCUGGAUGAUGCCCUGGUGUCCACCCUGCAGGCGCUGGAAGCCCUGGCUGCUUCAGAGGAUUGUCCACAUCCCCCACCACAGCAGACAGCAGGUCUGAUUGUCCUGGCUGCCAUCACUCCUGAGUCAUCCUUGGACUCUGGCCACGAAACGAACUCCUCGGAGCUGACCGAUGUCUCGGAGAUGGUCUCUGCUAUGAAGCAGCAUCAGAACGCAGCCUACUUCCUCACCCAACACAUCAACAAAGACAACCUCCUGGCCAGGAAGGACUUGCCUUUCCGAAUCCAGAGCUGUGCUGCCCAGGCUGUUCUCACCUCCCCCUACGCCCUGAGCCGCCAGGACCCCAGCCCCUCACUGAAGCCAGCCUUCUCCACCCAAAGUCCCAGCCUUACCAACUGCAAGAGCAAGCAGGAGCAGCAGCACGGGGAGCAGAGCUGCACCUCGGCUGCCCAGCCAGGCCUGACCCCCCAGCUCAGUGAGCAGAGCAAGGGGCCUUCAGUGCCAAGCUCUGAGGGCAAAGCUGCAGGUCACACAAAAGCUGCCUUUGAGGUAUCUCUGCAUGCCACAGCAGCCCCAAGCAGGGAGCAGGCACAGGAUCUACAAGAGAAGAUGCCCAAAGAGGUGCAGCCGGGCUCCAAGCUGCUCCUGGAUCAGAAAAGCAGUGUAACUCCAGCCAUGGCUUCAGCUGCUCUGCAGCAAGUGGCAAAUGCAAAAGCCUCAGCUCCCCAAGUGGUAUCAGCCUUAAAAGAAGAACAGAACAUGAAUGGUACCAGCAGCUGUGCAUCAGCCAGCAGCAAGCCUCUGACACUUAAAGGAGGUCCACAAACUGCAGAGACAUUAUGCAACUGUCAGCAGCAGCAGCAGCAGCAAGUCUCUCCGCAGCAGCACUGUGAAGUUUCUCCAAAUCCUAAGGAAGCUCCUGGCAGUCAGGCUGAAGCUUUCCACCUUGCCUCAGCAGGUGAGGAAAUGAUGUCCAGUAAGACUUUUGCCUCUAAAAGCUACCAGCAAAAAGUGAGUAGAGAUGCUCCAGGAAAAGCUGCAAGCGGAGAGACAGGUCAGAAGGCAGGUGGGGAAGCCACAAGCCUCGUCUUGCAGAAACACUCAGCUCCUUCAAACCAAGGACAGAAAAUACAACAGGAAAGCUCGGCCAAAGUCUUAAAAGCUGAGAGCAGCAAUGUGCACUCUCCAUCACCUGGUAGCACUUUCAGGAGCACCAGUGAGGAAGCCAAAGGGCCAAUCCAGCUGGUGCCCAGAUCCGAGAGCCUGCAGAUUAGCACUGUGCCUUCCAAAAAAGUAGAGAAAGUCCUGGAGGUAACCCAACAAGAUGCUGAUGUCCCAGCUAAACCCAAAGCCCCCAAAGCUCCCUUCAGGCUUAGGAACCUGUUCUCUGCCACAUUUCCCACGCGGCUGAAGAAGGAGACGGACGAGCGGCAGGCCCAGCUGCAGAAGGUGAAGCAGUAUGAGCUGGAAUUCCUUGAAGAGCUGCUCAAGCCAAAGAGCAAAGGUGACCUCCCGCCACAGGAGUACCUGCACCCGCCUGCCCCUGGGCGCUGCAGCUGCCAGCUGAGGAGCAGUCCCGUGCAGAAAGUCCCAGGGAUGUCCAGGGAGCAAAGGCGUAGCUGUGACUGCAAGCGGAUCUGCAGGGGAAUGAGGCCACCCCCCAACCAGCUGGUGGUACCAGAGGUGGAGAGGAGAGGCAGGGAUAAAGUCGCAGAUGACCAGAAGCAGGUAGAAGCCAUUAGGCUGACCAGCAUGAGCAGCCCUUCCAAAGGCAAACGGAUACGAUCCACAAGUUUAGAGUCCCGAGAGAACCGGUCAGAUCCAGAGAACGGCAUGUCCUGUUUGACAACCUGCACCUCCCGCGGGGAGUGCAUGGGUGCACCCCAGUACAGGAAGCUCUUGCGUCGCUACAGUGUCAGUGAAAUAGAUAAGAAUGAAAGGACAUCCUUGUCCUCUGACGUCUACCAGAACAUCUACACAACCAAGCAGAAAGGCCCCCAGAAAGAGCCUGAGCCCAGCAUCCUCUGUCCUGUUCUGAAGAGCAAAAUCCAGGAGGCCUCUGGAGUGGCUGACCCCUCCUACGUCCAGAUAGCACAGGACAAAAAGAACCAGAAGGGUUCGGCAGUGUUCUCUGUCCAGGAGGAGAUGUACCCAAGUCCAGCUGAGCUGCGGGAUGAAGACGUGGAGGAUGAGAAGUGCUGCUCCAUCCGGUACUGCUUCUACUACAGAAAAUGCGAUGUUGCAGAUGAUGGGAGCGAGAAGGAUGAGCUGUCCUAUUCCAUCCCCAUGCAGAUACUCCCGGGAAUGAAGCUGGACAAUCAGAUGGUCCCAGUCAUGAGCAGGACUCUUCAGGUCCUUGACGCAACAGCCUGCAGCAGUCCCAAUGAGAGCCAGACCCAGGAGAUAGAUUUAAGGACCUCCAGUUUUGAGGGGAGCUUGGCAAAGAUCAACACCCUUCGAGGCCAUGCCUACAGCUUCCCCAACGGGUUUCUGCAGGUGCAGCUGGACACCAACGAGCUCCUGACCAUCCUGAGGCAGUGUGUGCUGAGCCCUGAGGUCCGGGACUGCAAACCCUACAUCUCCCAGCUGGCUGAGUACAAGCAGGAGCUGGCCCUCAAGUUCAAGGAGUUCCGGGCGUCCUGCCGCCGCGUGGCCGCCGUCGACAAGAGUCCCACCCACAUGCUCUCCGCCAUCACGAGCAGCUUCCAGGUGCUAAGCAGCCUCAUCGAGACCUUUGUGAGGCUGGUGUACGUCGUGCGCUCGGAGUCCCAGCGCCAAGAGCUGCUGAUGAAGGUGGAGGAGGUGGUGAGAAACUACACCUUCCUCCUGAAGGCUGCCGAGGAGUCCACGGCCAGAACGCUGAGCCACCAGCAGACUGUGGAGCAGCUCGCCCGCCAGUCAGCCACGGUCGCCACGGUCAUGAGCACCCUCACACGCUCCCUGAAGACGCUGAUCAAUAAGUAAAGCCAGCUGUGAAGACCAACAAGGCAGUGUGUGCCAGGCCAUGCUCUCAAAUCUCACAGGUCUGGUGAGGAUGCGAUGCCUGCAGGCCCACGUUGACCGGGGUUUGCAGUAGCCAAGACACUCUUUGAUCUCUGCAGAAUGCAUGGUGGUGUUGGUGAUGGGUUUGAAGGGUGAAUUCGUGCCCUGUCACAAUCUGUGCCAUCAGCGGGUCCAGGGGCUCAAGCAGCUUCUCUGCUUGUUGUCCCACACUGGCUUGUUGGUGACAGUACUUGGGAGCUACAGGCACCCCAUCUCCACACCAGUUUGGUUCCAUGGGGUUCUGGACCUUGCAGAGACCAGAACCUUGCAGACCUUUGUCACAGUUUGUGGUGGGCCAGUGAGCUAUCAGGAGCAGAGCUGAGAUCUCCUGGCUUCAUUUGGGCAGUCUGGAACCAAACCAGUGUCUUGCCACGUAAACAACUCUUCUGCCUCCAGGAUCUUCCUGGCCCACAAACACAACAUAAUUAGCAGCAGAAGGGAUCUCUGGGGUGCAAGCCCCUGCUGCUGUGCUAGGGCUUGGGAAGCAGGCCCAGCAGGGGCAGGUUGCCAGAAUGCUGGCACAGAGCUAGGGCACCCUCCUGGGCUCUGCUCUCCCAGCCUAGGCCCCAGUGCUCUGGUCCUGAGCACAGGCACUGCCUCAAAGGCAAGGGCUUCAUGCCUGCAGGUGGGGACAAUCCAGAGCUACAGGACUGUCAGAGCGACCUCGGUGCCCAGAAGGUCACGGAGCAGAUGAUCUUGAGUGCCAUCCCAUGGCACACACAGGACCUGGGGAUCAGGCCCAGCCAGCACAGGGGAAAGGCAGGUGCUGCCUGGCCAGCCUGGACUCCUUCUAUGACAGGGUGACUCUCUGUGGGUGAAGGAAAGGCUGUGGAUGUUGUCUGCCUAGAUUUAGUAAAAAAUCUAACACUGUGUUCUUCACUGUGUUCUUCAGCAUUCUCCUGGAGAAGCUGGAUGGAUGGAUGGAUGGAUGGAUGGAUGGAUGGAUGGAUGGAUGGAUGGAUGAUGGAUGGAUGAUGGAUGGAUGGAUGGAUGGAUGGAUGGAUGGAUGGAUGGAUGGCUGGAUGGAUGGAUGGAUGGAUGCAUGGAUGGGUGGAUGCAUGGAUGGAUGCAUGGACCCAUUGAGUGGUGGGGAAUGGAGUUAAAUCCAGCUGGGGCCACCACCAGUGGUGUUCCCCAGGGCUCAGUGCUGGGGCCUGUCCUGUUUAGUAUCUUUUGAGGACACCCUCAGUCAGUGUGCAGGUGACACCAGUUUGGUGGGAGCGUUGUGCUACAGGGCAGGAGGGCUCUGCAGAGGGAUCUGGCCAGGCUGGGUCCACGGGCUGAGGCCAGUUGUGUGAGGGUCAGCCAGGUCCUGUCCUGGGUCACAGCAACCCCCUGCAGCUCCAGCUGGGCAGAGGGGCUGGAAAGUGCCUGGAGGGAAAGGCCCUGGGGGUGCUGCUCAGCAGCAGCUCAGCAGGAGCCAGGUGUGCCCAGGUGGGCAAGAGGCCACUGGCACCUGGCCUGUCCCAGCCAUGGGGUGGCCAGCAGGACCAGGACAGUGACUGUCCCCUGAUGGGCCCUGCUGAGCCACUCCUCAAAUCCUGUGCCCAGAUCUGGGCCCCUCAGGACAAGACAGACCCUGAGGGGCUGCAGCGUGUCCAGAGAAGGGAACAGAGCUGGGGAAGGGUCUGGAACACAAGUCUCAUGAGGAGCAGCUGAGGGAGCUGGGAAGGGGCUCAGCAUGGAGAAAAGAAGGCUCAGGGGGGACCUUCUGGCUCUGCACCACUCCCUGGCAGGAGGGAGCAGCCAGGUGGGGAUCGGUCUGUUCCCCCAGGUAGCAAGAGACAGAAUAAGAGGCUUCAUGUUGUGCCAGGGGAAGUUUAGAUUGGAUGUAAGAAAAAUUUUUUCACUGAUGGUGGUCAGGCUUUGGAAGAAGCUGCCUAGGGAAGUGGUGGAGUCACCAUCCCUGGAGGUGUUUAAAAGACCUUUAGUUGUGCCAUUUGGGGAGAUGGUUUAGUGAUGCCCUUGGCAGUGCUGGGGGAGUGGUUGCACUCAAUAAUCUUAGAUGUCUUUUCCAACCAUAACAAUUCUGCAUUCCUCUUCUGGAUGGCUGAAUCCAUGCUAGAGACCCUGCAAGGAACCCAGACUGAUUGAUCUGUGACCACUGCAAGCCAGAAGGUGGGCCAGCAGCUCCAUGGGGGGAGACCACUGUCACACCAUUCUCCAGAGGUUAGGUUCAUGCCCCCAAGGCUCAGCCCAAACCCUCUCCUAUUUCUUUUCACUGUGACCAUCAGAGAGGAGCCCUGGAUCAGCUCUGACCGUGAGUCAGGCAGGGCUGUCCUCCUUGCCAGGGUAUUGGGUUCUUUUUCUGUCUUCACCAGGCUGACUGCCAUGAGAAGCAUUAUUUAAUUCUCUGAGGUAGUUAUUUACUUGGAGUUGGGGUUUUUUGAUUGCUUUGGGCUUUUUGUCUUCACUCCUAGGUGAAUGGUAAAAUGAUUCCUAGUUGUGUUCCUCCCUAUCCAAGGUUCCCCUCCUCCUCCCAGUCUAGUAACAGACACAAUCAAUGAGACAGCCUUAACUGGUGUUUCCCUGCAGCCACCCACCCUCCGACACAGAGCAAGGAGAGAAAUGCAAGGUCACACAUGGCAUUGCCCUCACGCUGCCACCCUCUGCAUUCUCGUCCCGCCGGGAUCCCGGUGCCUGUCCCUGUCACCCCCUCUGGCUGGGCAGCAGGGCACAGCCCAGGCAGCUCGCCCCAGCCCCUGGGGAUGAUCAGGGAUCCGUCGCUUCCCAUCUCUAUUAUUUCUGAUAAAUAUGCACAUUGGAAAUGUCUCGUUCUUCCAUAGGAGCUAUGGAAAUGCACAAAUGUGCUUUUAACGUGCGCAUCCUCGGAGUGCAAUAACCUCCCCUGGCCCGUGGCUGCCAGCAAGGCACGGAGCACCCUGCUCUGGGGCAGCCUCCUGAUUUCAAGAACCAUGUAGCAAAUAUCCAGUGGAAGAGCCAACUGGGACUUCAGUCCAUGGUGGGCAAGGCCUGUUACAGUGCUGAAGGCUGACAGGGAGACGUGUUUUCCUUUUCCCUGGGAAUUACCUAGUAUGAAACUCUGAGUUUCUUCAAAGCUCCCCGUUAUGCCUAUAUCAUUCCUCCAUAAAUCUCUCAGUCUAAUACAGAGGAAAAUUUUUUUAUUGUCUGUAUAUAUUAUAUAUAAAUAAAAAAAUAUAUGUUAUAUCUAUACACAAAUUUAUGUCUUGUUUUACAAACAAGAAAGAUUAAAUAUAUUAAUCUUAAUAUCCAAA